UAUAUGUACACGACAUAUAUAACACAUUGUAACAUAAUGCACAGGUGUAGACAUCACUCGUAAUGGCUACUGAAUUGAUAACACGCCUCCUGAUUUUGGGUGCUUUAAUCCACGCUCCUGUAUCAUCUCAGGGAACUGUGACCAGUUGUCCGUCGUACGGUUGCCGUCCAUCCGGAACAUUUUCUUUCAGUGUGAAACCGCCCACCAAUGCAUCUAUCGCCUGGACAUCGCAGAUUUUUAUUGGUCCAGUACCAAAUGCUCUCGGCUGUGUCGGAAACGCUAACAACAUUAUUUGUCAGUCAAAUGGACCAAGGGAAGUAGGGUACAUAAGCUUUGACGUCACGAGUGGCAAGCUUAUGUGGAGAGAUGGCAUUCUGAGAUUCCCCGUACUUCCAGUGAUGGAUAUUUAUGGUGACGUCAUCGGGUCCGAUGGCCAUAGUCUGGUACUGUAUAUGGAUGAUGGUUCGUUGAAGCCGGUCAUAAGAAUGAUGGAUUGGGUGUUUCCUAUAUUCAGUCUAAUGAUGACAGAAGACAAUAUCUUUAUGUUUCUCUCCAUGAACGGUUACGUCAUCAGUUAUUAUCCAGAUGGAAGUCCGCAUGCUCAAAUACCUCUUCCGGGAGAAGUUCAGCAGGUCAAUGGAACAUUCCAUCCUAUAGCCACACCCGUGAUAUCUGGUCGUCGCGCUUAUAUCUUGACACAAUUCAUUCCAGAAGGCAGCAAGAAACCUGGAAAUCUAGGGAUGCAACGUUUAUAUGCAAUUGAUGUUAUCCCACGAAUGGUGGAUAGACUGCAUAUAGCAUGGGUUAUCAAUUUCGAAUUCGAAAUACCACGGCAAACGCAAAAUCAUGGCAACGUGAAUUUCUUUGAUCAGGACGACAGGGAUGAAUUGAAUGACGUAACAAGCGUUCCGCCUCGUGUCAUGGUGACUUCUGACACGGACACUGUUUAUGUUAGUCUUCCAGCACCAGGUUCUAAUGCAGGCAGCGGAAAUAAAUUCUGGGCUAUUAAGGAUAAUCAGACUUCUUCUAAACCGGAAAUUCUUUUCAAGAAAGAUUAUGCAUUGACAUCGAUUGCAACUUAUGAAAUAGGAAGCAACGGUCAGCAUUCCGAAGAAAGGAAACGAGAUGGCAAGUGGACAAAUUUUGGUCCAAUAUGGGACACGACCAAACGAAGCAUGAAAGAAAUAAAUGCCUCAUCGGUUUGGGGAGUUCUUAAUAAUAAAGAAGUCAUACUUAAAAUUUCACCACUUUCAGGAAACAUCAUAAAAAGUUUGAACGUGUCUCAGAUUUUAAAAUCUAAAGCGAUGAUUACGUCUGAUUUAAUGGUCACUAGAAACGAUGAUAGUGAUGUAGACCAUCUAGUUUUUACUGUGACGCUUGUGAACGGACCAUCGUCUGCAUUUACUUCUCUAUUGAGGUCUUUAGGAAUGAGCAAGUCAAACAACAAAAACUACGUUAUUCAGAUGAAAGGCGAGACGUUAAGUUGGAUAGUUCCAACUGUCAAAGACCUUCCAGGAAAAGGACAAAUAGCCGGCAUUAAAACUCAUGAUGAUUCCAUCAAUGCGCCACAAGAUUUGUACGUCGUUUUUGCUGGUAACAAUGAAACCUCUAUUAUUUUUGGUGUCCAUUAAAGAAAUCAGGAAGAAAAUGUAGGUGUUUCAAUCCAAUAAAACGAGAUUCAGCACAAAAUA